GCGCAGAGAGCAUCAUGAAGAAAAGUGCAUCGUCAUGAUAAAGAUCAGCAACCUUAAUGCCAAAGAAUGGCAGUUAUUUCAAUGUCCUGUCUGCUUAAUCAGGGUAAGACAUUACAUUAUUUUUCCGAGUAUGUAACAGCUCUCCAUUGUAAUACUUCCUUCCUCAGGGAAGUUUGGUUAGCUGGACCAAAAGGGUUCAAAGCCACAGACUGUGAAGGAAGUGAUGUGGUGGAAAUGCUGCGAGAAGCUUAUAAGAACAAGGAAUCAAUCUGAGCUCGAUAUUCUUGCUGUGGUGAAUGACACAGCGUGCACAAUGAUGUGUUCAUAUGAAGACCCCAAGUGUGAGAUGGGACUCAUUGCUGGGACGAGGAGUAACGUGUGUUACAUGGAGGAAAUGAGAAACAUGGAGAUGGUGGAGUGGGACAAGGGAUGGACGUGUGUAAACACAGAGUGGGUCGGUUUAGGGGAGAAUGACUCCCUAGAGGACAUCUGGACCAAGUUUGACAGAGAAGUAGAUGAGGGGUCAUUGAACAACGGCAAACAAAGGCAAGUUGUUAAUAUCCAGAUCAGACUGACCAGGGUUUCUAAAACUAUUGGUUCAGGACCCAAAGUGGGCCCUGGGCAUGUGAGAGGUGGGCCGCGAGUUACUCUUCAUUUGGGUUGUUGGAGGACGAUUUAGGUCACGGGACGAAGGUAAAUUUCUCAUUUGGGUCUCGCGCUAAAAAGGUUUAAGAACCUCUGAUGUAGAGGAUACCCUGGUACCAGAUCUGACUGAACACUUCAUGCACAAAAAUAAUUGUAUAAUAAUAAUUUUAUAAUAAUAAUAUAUCAUAACUUACUGUGCUACUAGAGGACACCCUGCUGCCAGGGAUUGUC